AUGGCUAAGGUGGCUAAAAAGAAGUUUUCGUCUGCUCCAGACCCCACGGGCAAGACCGUGGCGGCCGAUAAAGCCAUGAACUCGGUUUUCAAGUUCAACACAAACCUCGGUCAGCAUAUUCUCAAGAACCCGCUUGUGGCUCAGGGCAUCGUGGAUAAGGCUCAAAUCAAGCCCAGUGAUAUCGUCUUGGAAGUCGGUCCUGGUACCGGUAACUUGACGGUCAGAAUCUUGGAAAAAGCACGCAAGGUUAUUGCCUCGGAAAUGGACCCUCGAAUGGCUGCUGAACUUACCAAGAGAGUCGCUGGUACACCCAACCAGAAGAAGCUUGAAAUCAUCUUGGGUGACUUCAUCAAGGCGGAGCUUCCGUACUUUGACGUUUGCAUUUCGAACACUCCUUACCAGAUUUCUUCCCCUUUGGUUUUCAAGCUCUUGAACCAACCCAACCCUCCUAGAGUGUCCAUUCUUAUGUUCCAGAGAGAAUUCGCUUUACGUCUUUUGGCCCGUCCUGGCGACGCCUUGUACUGUCGUCUCUCUGCCAACGUUCAAAUGUGGGCCAAUGUCACGCAUAUCAUGAAGGUCGGCAAGAACAAUUUUAGACCUCCUCCUCAGGUGGAGUCCUCUGUGGUGAGAGUCGAGAUCAAACAGCCUAGACCCAACAUAGACUUCAACGAGUGGGACGGCUUGCUUCGAAUUGUGUUUGUGAGAAAAAACAAGACCAUCUCUGCUGGUUUCAAAUCAAGCAACGUCAUUGAGAUCUUGGAGAAGAACUACAAGACGCUUUUGGCGACUCAGAACGCUGACGAUGGCAUGAUGGUCGACUCCAAAACGGACUUGAAGGACGUCGUCAAGGAAAAAAUCGAAACUGUGUUGAGAGAAACCGAUUUCGCCGAAAAGCGUGCUGCCAAGCUCGACCAGACAGACUUCCUCAAGCUUCUUUACGCCUUCCACCAGGUGGGCAUCCACUUUGCAUAA